AUGUCAAUAGAAGACCUAACUACACCAACACAAGAACAAGUGCAAGAGCACCAGCAAGAGAGAGACCAAGAGCAACAUCUGAACGGAGGUUCAUCUCCGUCAGUCCUGUCAACUUCAUCCCAAUCAACCAAGGGUAAGUCAGUUCAUUAUUCUGAUGCUGUGCUUACCCAUAGAUCAGCAUCUACUUCGAAUUUACGAUUGCAGAAUUCGAGUACUCCUUCAUUAACCAGCAAGAAGCAACACCCUGGAAUACGAGGGAAAACCGCUACCCAUACGAGAUCCCUUUCGCAUACCAAGUUAGUGGCAACAAGUAAAGUAUUAUCACCAUCAUCAGGAAGCGGAAUGGCCGUACGACCUCACUUGAAUAGAUCUAAAUCAAGUGAUGUAUUAAUGAAGAGUAGACAACCAAGUGCAUUAAAAAGAAAUAGUAGAUCUUUUACAAAAGUAGGUGGUUUGCAACCUUUAACCAAGACCAUGUCUAAUCAAUCACUUAAAUCAAGCAAAUCAACAACUUCUUUAAAAGCUAAUAUACAAAUAGGAGCUCCAUCCCAAAUUGGAUUAAAGUCAAGUUCCAAAAAGGGUAAAGCAAUUUUACGAUUAAAUGAUAAUGAUGAUGAUUAUGAAGAUGUCGACGAUACAACCAAUAAUGAACCAAUUCCACAAGGAUUUGAUAGUGAUGAAACUAUAUCGACUAGUAUGAUACUGCCUCCAAGUCAGAAUGUACCUAGUUUAUACGAACAGAUUAAUGCAAUAGUGCCAGACCCAGUACCUACAGCACAAGUAGAUGAAGUUCUUGACAGAGCUGAUUCAAAUGCUGCUGAAAGAUUGGAAGUCGUUGAGGAAGGAGGGACCAUCGAUAGUGCAGUAUCUCAUCUCAGACAGAAUCUUGCUCCUUCAACCAGGAGUUCAACUGAAGAUUUUUCCAUGACUAAUAAUCUAUAUGGUGGAUCACUAUUAUUAUCACAAUCUACUGGUUUGGUUAGAAAAGUAAAUCCGAUGAGUCCAGCUAAUCAAAGGACAGGGCCCGGAGGAGAAGUAUUUAAUAGCAGUGGUGGUCCUAUGCAUAUCGGUAAUAGUGAUCAAACUAUUGAAUCACAUCAUUCUGAUUCUAUUAGUGGGAUAUCUUUCAAAGCAAAUCCAAUGGAAAAGCAUAAGAUUGCCGAGCCUGUGAUUACAAAUAAGAAUGUAACUCAGAAGAAUUCAUACCAACCUGAUCAAACUAUUUUUAAUAAUUUACAAAGAACCAAUAAUCAAUAUUUAACCACCAAGAAACAUCAACAACAGCAACAACAACAGCCUCAUCAGCAACUGAAUAUCAAUCAUUCAAUCAAUAAUGGUGCCAAUAAUUUCUCGGAAUUUCUUCGUGCUAAUCAAUCCUCAUCCUCAUCAACUGAACUGUAUGCACAUAAUUUGGAAACAAGAACUCAACAAAGAUUGUGGUUACAAAGGGAAAGUUCCCUUAUGGAUGUAACCAAUUUAGAUUCCAACAGAAUAUCCAAUUUUUCCAACUUGUCAUUAAAUAACCUAAUGUUUGCUCAUAAUUAUAAUCAAAGCCAUGCAAAUGUGCGUGAGCUCCAACAACAUUCACAACAUCCCCAUGGACCACAUGCACCUCAACAUGUCCAACAUUUACCUCAGAGCAUUGCCCCAUUGACUCCACUAACACCCACUGGACCCCUGGUACAUAGUAAUAUUGCAUAUCAACAGCCAAACAAUCAAGAACCACCAGCUGGAUAUAACGCAGUAGGUGGAGGAGGAAGUGGAUUAUUGUUGAUGGUACAGGGUAGUACUCAACAGACUACAAUUCAAUCCAGAACUGAAUUUGAAAGAUUGAAUAGAGAAUAUCUUAAUGUCAGAAGACAUUUGAAUCCAGUUGGAGAAAGUUUGAAUCGAGUGAAUAAGUACUUGAAUCAAGAUCUUAAAGUUGCCAAAACUAAAAAGAAUGGCGCUCGCGGUGGUGGCGGUGGUGCUGGCGGCAGCGGUCAAGAUAUACCUUCUGAAUCUACUGCUAUAACGUCUGCACAACAUAAUACAAAUGCGAAUUCAUUCAAAGAGUUUUCGCCAAUGUUUCAAGAAAAGGAAUUAGAAGUAAGUGCAAUGCUUGGUAAAUUAUGGCAUGAUGGGAUCAUUUCGUCGGCGCUGUCUUCAAUGGUGAAUAUGAGAGGAGCUAUCCAUCCGGGACAUCCACCUCAGCCUCAUCAACAACAACAACGUCAAGUUGGACAUGGUGGUAUGUCUGGAAACUCCCAAGUUUCGAUGAGAACCAGUCAGCCUCCUCCAACUACUCGAGCGGUGAAAUUGGCCGGUGUUGCCGGAGAGUCGCAGGAUCUAAUGCCAAGGAGACGUACACAUGAGCAUCUAAUGAAUAUUGAUGCUUAG